AUGUCGACUACACCCAAUAUGCUCCCGGGCGACUCAAACCUCGUGCUUCAACCAGCCGCGACCCCGCAAUUGAACCGCUCCUGUGAAUCUUGUCGCGGCCUGAAAGUCCGAUGCUUACCCGAUGCCUCAACUCCCAAUCAAUGUCAACGAUGCGCGAAAGCAAACAGAACCUGCGUCUUUGUCGCACCCCAGAGGCGGCGGCCGCGUAAGCGAACCGAUUCCCGGGUAGCCCAGUUGGAAAAGGAGAUGCGACAGAUGCGAUCACUCCUCAAGGAUAGGCUGCGGGUUGAUGAAAGCAGUGCAGAGAGUGCGAGCAGUGAAAGGGAGGACUCCCGGGAGCCUGAAUUGGCCGCUGAACCCAGCGAGGCCAUCUCCACUAUCGCAGAGGACCAUAGCAGCGGGGCAGAUUCGGCUCGACCCAUGGACUUCUCACCCAGCUUCCCAUCAACGUCUCCAUAUCCGAAUACCUAUGAUGGUGGUCCUGUGAAUGCCCCUAUCACCAAUCCAGCGCCAGCCCCCUACUCAUACGAUGCAAGGCCGAGGGAGGAUGUCAUCGAUCGAGGCGUAAUAUCUCUCGAGUAUGCGAAUGAGUUGGUCGCCUUCUAUGUGACCGAACUCACGGCCUUUGCGCCGAUAGUGGUGUUGCCCCCACAUACGACUGCCACUCAAUUGCGCAAUUCAGCGCCGGUAUUGUUCCUGUCCGUUGUCGCUGCAGCGAGCGUUGCUCUGGAUGGCCAGUUGGCUGCCAUUCUGAACCGGGAGAUCAUCCGAGUCUAUGCGGAGCGAUUCUUCAUCAAUGGAGAUAAAUCUUUGGAGUUGGUGCAGGCAUUGCUAAUCAUGAUCGUCUUCUAUCACCCGCCCGACUCGCCUCUGAAGCUGCAGUUUUAUCAGUACACGCACAUUGCUGCUACAAUGGCGUUGGAGAUUGGCUUGGCCUCAAAGCGUCGCGUAGACAGAACCAACGAUCGCAGAGCAAGCAAAAGGGCCACUUAUGACGAGCAAAUGGCGGAACAGGCUAGGACGAUACUGUACUGCUAUCAUCUGACAUCUAUAGUUGCGAUGAAAACGCGCCGACCGAAUUUGCUCUUAUUGAAUGAAUGGAUGGCUGAGUGCGUGAAGCACUUGGAGCGAUCACCAAAUGCAGUAGAUAGGCAUAUGGCCACCUGGUUCGAUCUUCAGCGAAUAGUGGAUGAGUCGAUGGCCUCCUUCGGUCUCGACGAUACCAGUUCAACCGCGCCACUGACAGAGUCGCGCCUUCAGGCCGUUCUGAGGUGGUUUGACAACCGUAUGCUAUUGUGGCGUAAAGAGCUCCCGCUUGAUAUGCUCACAGUCCCCAUGACUUUUGAAUACCAUUACACCAAUCUCGCGAUCUAUGAACUAGCCGUCGGCGAAGGGUAUCGUGAUCCAGAUGCAAUCAAACAACAAUACUAUACUCUUCCCUCCCCGGAGGGUAAGGUGAAAUCGGCUGGCUCACAGCUCAGCGCUGUCCGCGUAGACAUCACGAUAAAAUGGAUGAAUGCCGCCCAUGAGAUGCUGGACUUCUUCCUCAGCUGUGACACCGAGAUGUUGCGCAAGAUCCCGAAUCUGAUCUAUACCCGGGUCGGGACGGCGAUGAUGUCUCUCCUGAAGAUAUACUUCUCAGUCAGCGCAGGUGCCCUUGGAGAGUUCAUCACAGCAGAAACUGUCAAGGUCGACAAGUAUCUAGAUGCAAUGACCCAGAAACUGGCAGAGGCUAGCGGUGGCCAGAAGUACAAAAUCCCGAGUCGAUGGUAUUACGUGGUUGCGGUCAAGGCUCGAAAUUGGUAUGACCGCUUGCAGCAUCAAAACAUGCAGAAAGCAGUUGGACUCGGCCCAACAAUCAAUGCAGGAGCAUCAAUGUCCCACCCGAACGUGCCGAGCCAGAACCAAUCGCCAUUUGAACUUCCUCACCAACCGGUGCCGCUCGGGAAUUUUCUGCCAAUCGCGCCUUUUCAUCCAAUCGCUGGAGGUUAUGGCGUACCGGCACCUGUUGGGGAUUCGAUGUGGUCGCCAGACCAAGGUGGCUUCCGGAAUGUGGCUAAUGUUAGCCAAUAUGCAAGCUACCAAACACCCAACCCCGUGAUGUCCCCUCGUUAUGUGUAUGACAUGCAGCAGCAGCAACAGCGGACUCCAUCAGAUAGUAGUCUGCAGGGUAAUCCGUCACCUCCUAAAACAGGCAUGGAGCUGGACGACUGGCUCCCGGACGGGAGCGUAUUUGCGUUACCCACUUUGCCUGGUUUUUAA